UUAUGCAAUUCCUCAGCUCUAGCCUCUAAACAUAAACAACUUGGUUGUUCUUGUUCUUGUUCUUGUUAUUGUUAUGUUACAUAAUCAAAUGAUGUCGUCUGUUUCUUAGUAUUGUUGUUUAACUAUAGAGCUGGAAGGAAUGGCUGCAACAUUAUUGUCAUCACCGUUAUGUGCCAUACAUUGCCAACAUGCUUCGAAACCCAGGUCGUGUGUGGGUGGUCCUCAGAAGAUGUUUAGUAAUGGGAUGAAGAAGUUGAAUGGGUUUGCGGUUGUGGCUGUCACACAAGGCUCUGCUGACUCAAACAAGUCCGAGGAAACGAUUCCUUCGUGGGCCAAGCCAGAUUCGGAUGAACCUCCACCAUGGGCUCGGGAUGAACCCAAUAACAAUGCUUCGCAACAAGGAUUUCAGAUCCCUUUCUUUGUUUAUCUACUUGCCUCCGCCAUCACCGCAAUUGCCGCGAUAGGUUCCAUUUUUGAGUAUGUGAACCAAAGGCCAGUGUUCGGUGUUUUGAGCACGGACAGUGUGUUUUAUGCUCCAUUGCUUGGCUUUUUUGCCUUCACUGGCAUUCCCUCUUCGGCUUUCCUAUGGUUCAAGUCUGUUCAAGCUGCCAACAAGGAAGCCGAGGAUCAAGACAGGAAGGAUGGCUAUUUAUAGGAUCAUCAAACGCAUCCCACAGGAAAUUUAUGUCAUAUAAAUAACAAGUUUGAGUUUAAAUAAUGCUUAUUUUCACCACUAAACACGUGUCAUUCAAAUCUAAACUUUUCAUUUUUUAUGAAUAUAAAAGGAAAUCAGAAUUUCUGGGAUUCUCA